CCGAGCCCCCACUGACCUUGGACGGGAUUGGCCGGACGACGUAGAAUCUUCGUCGUCCGAGAGACAUCGAACGCGGGGCACAUGUUUUCGAUUACAUGGGCCUUGGCAAAGCGUCGAUCAUUUGCUCGCGAGUGUUCGGUUUGUUUUCACGGGUGGCGCCGGAUAUCUGUUGAUCGACUUUAUUUAAUAAGGAGAGAUUUCUCAGAUUUAUUUAGAUCGAUUCAGGUUGUUAAGUUUGCACCAGUCAGCAAUGGAGCCUGAGGAAGCAUCUGCUGUGAGCGGUGAUCCGCGCAGCGUCAGCGGACAGCUGAAGCAGAUGAUGGAGCUGGUGGAGCAUCAGGUGGAUGCCCUGGUGGAGGACACGCGCCGCAUCCAGGCAGAACGAGACAACCUGAUUGGCACCCUGCUGAUCCUGCAGAAUGAUGAGAACGUCCAGGGACUGGAACCCAGGGACAAGGAGACGGUGUCCGCCACCUGUGAAAGCCUCGUGCAGAAGUGUCUGGGUGUCGAGAUCAACAUCGACCCGGCCCGCGAGCCAGACCAGGAGGUGGCGCUGCACAUGGUGAACAACUGGAUCGACCAGCUGGUGCUCACCGCUCGCCAGGACCCGGCCCAGGCCAGACUCAAGUGUGAGACCUACGUACGCACCCUGAACGGGGACGGCCUGGUGGACGAGACGUUCUCCAGCAUCGUGACCGGCUGUGCCACAACCGAUCGCGAGACGGUCGGCUCGCGGCUGUCCGGCCUGCUCAAUUACAUCGACUACAUGAUGGGACGGCCCUCGGAGAUGGAGUAGUGUGCGCGACGACCCGGAGAGAGAGACAUAGGAGCAGAGGAGAGAGGGACGGAGACAAUUGAGGAGUUGGCGAGUCCAGAUCGGUCGCGGCAGAGCGCUCGCGCCGCGUCUGCCGAUUUCACACCGAGUGAGUGCCCAAUGCGAGGCCCCGUUGUCGUGGCCCCCUACCGUCGUUCGGCGGUCCAAGCACGACGCUGAGGCUGGAAUCGAACGCCGGUCUCCUCAAAGGAGGGAUGACACCCGUAUCUGUAGUGUAUGCAAAGUACGAGUUCCGAGCAAUGCCUGGCAGAUGCCCCUUUCGUCAAACAUUCAUGGCAGAUGAUUUGUGCUGUAAAACCUCGUUCGGCCAAGGCUCGCAAAAAUAUGAUUUACUUUGUAAAUGAUGGUUCCUGCCACCUUCAAUAAUUCAUGCUUACGACCACUUGUAUCCUAUGCCAGACUCUCUGUGCUUGAGCAUUGGUAAACUCACUGGUUCAUCUAUUGCCUGCCUCGCCACUGCUUUCGUAAAAUGCGAAAGUGGAGCUGCUCUACCCAUUUAUGUGAGCCAUAACUCGUUCAAAGUGCGCACUGUCUAUCCUAGACGCGUUAAAUUAUGUUUUAACCAAGACUUCGGGGAACUUUUUGGCAGUUUCCUGCUUGCUGUGGCCCUGUCUGUUUUUUGGUCCACUACUUGUAGUGUGCAUUGUAUAAUGUAUAACUUGUAACGUAAUUGCUGGUCGGAGCGUUCUAAACGUAGUGUUCAUCUGAUCAUUGGCAUAUGUUUUCUUUUGUCUUUCUGACACUGACCAAUAUCCAGCAUUGUCGCUUUCAUGUAUUGUCUUGCUUGGGAGGGUAGCGCUUCAGAUUGGCGCCCUGAUUCUGAUCGCUAAAUGCGCUUUUCAAUUCUGCGCCGUUCAAGGGGAUCGUCUUCUUCAGAUGCAUGAACUGUCAGCUCUUCAGGCCAUCUGUGUCACUCAUUGUACGGAUCUCUUUUCGAAAAAAAGAAUGUUAAGCCUGGAGAAUCGCUUCGACAUUAACCUGUCGUUAAACUACCGUACGAUUACGAUGUGUGCUGUUGUUAACCAUGCCCGUCAGCCCAAAGACGAAGCAGUCCGCCCCGGCACGUAUCCUGCCAUAGUCAAGAGUCGCCUAGACCCGGGUCCUCGGGUAUGUCCUGCUGGCGUAUUCUGUCAUGUGUCCCGCCUUUGUGAGUUUUCUGGGUGGCAGCGUUUGCUGGCUUGCAAAUGGACGUCCCUGGUAUUGUGGUACUCUGCGCCGUAGCACAGUAUGGAGACUAUGUACGUUGUUUGGUUUAAUUAAAUGCAAUAAAUGUUACUUGCCGAGGCCCU